CAGUCCAGAGCCCAGGCAAACAAACUUUGCCCGUUGCGCCGUAACCUUCUCGUUUUACGUGGCUCGUACAGGACACCGGUGCCCUCCUCCCCCCGAUGCCAGUUCUUAAAUGUAAAGAGCUGUUUACUCGGAUGCAUACACUCUGUACAGUAGCGACUGAAUCGGAGGCUCAGAGUACACAGAUUGCCAUGGUAACCAAUUUUCCUAUGUCCCUAUCUGCCUCGGGGAAAUAAAUGAAUUGCUCCUCUAAAAGACGUGGGAGAGGGUAUUGGAUCGGGGCGGGGGUUGGCGAGGGUUUCUGAGUUGGUGAUGAUCGCGCCCACAAAGUGAGACGCGUCCAGGACUGGCGCUCUCUCUCCGCCGCGGUGCUGGAUGCCUGGGUAGCGGCGAGCCCGCACAUUAAAUACAAUUUACUGAAAGCGUAUCGGGAAAGCCUCAGAAAGCUUCUGCAUGCGAGUUAAAUGCAUAUAUUACAUACAGUAACCCAUUUGAGAGGUUUUCCUUGCUCGAAUCUUCUGCCGGUGGAAAAUCCUUUCUUUGGACAUCACGACUGAAACCGAGACAUUAGGCUAUUUAAGAAAAUCUAAUUUUAAUUUCCGGGUUGAAGUGGAUAGAAAGAAGAUGUACUUGCCACGUCGACGUCGUCAAUGCGUUUUUUGUAGAUCCACUAUCUGAUACUGAUCAACUUUUUGUUCCGCUUGUCAAACAAAAGUUAAUGGAAUGUAAACAUCUGGAAUAGACGUUCAUCCGAUACAAUUUGUUAAAGUCCGUCUGCCGAAGUAGAUGCGCUUGGUAUGGAGUAAAAGUGGGAUUGUGUUCGUUUUGCGAUUGCUUCAUUCACAUCUACAGUAUGGCCCACUUUGAAGACGACGCACCUAAGGAGAUGGGUACGAAGGACGGCGGCUCCGUUCCGGCCGCGGACGGGCAGGGCGAGUCUGGGUCUACCGGAGACACGAAACAAGCCAAAACACAGCGGGCGCGCACCAUGGCUUUGUACAAUCCCAUUCCAGUCCGACAAAACUGUUUCACCGUCAACAGGUCACUUUUUAUUUUCGCCGAAAAUAACAUUAUAAGAAAGUAUGCAAGGAGGAUAACUGAGUGGCCUCCAUUUGAGUACAUGAUCCUGGCGACCAUCAUAGCCAACUGUAUCGUACUGGCCCUGGAACAGCAUCUCCCUGGAGAGGACAAGACUCCCAUGUCCAAAAGACUGGAAAAGACAGAGCCCUAUUUCAUUGGGAUCUUCUGUUUUGAAGCUGGGAUCAAGCUGGUGGCCCUUGGGUUCGUAUUCCACAAAGGCUCCUACCUGAGGAACGGCUGGAAUGUAAUGGACUUCAUCGUGGUGCUCAGUGGGAUCUUGGCUACUGCUGGAGCUCACAUGAACAUCCCAGUAGACCUACGGACCCUGAGAGCUGUACGAGUCCUGAGACCUCUCAAACUCGUCUCCGGAAUCCCCAGUCUCCAAAUUGUGCUGAAGUCCAUCAUCAAGGCCAUGGUGCCCUUGCUGCAGAUCGGCCUGCUGCUCUUCUUCGCCAUCCUCAUGUUCGCCAUCAUCGGCCUGGAGUUCUACAGCGGGAAGCUGCACAACACCUGCCUGCCUACACCCACCAUCCUCGGAAACGAGACGUUGGACUCGUCGGAGGUGGAAUACGCCUGUGGGGUGCGCAGGUGCCCGGACAAGUACGACUGCAACGGCACGUGGAUCGGACCCAACGACGGCAUCACGCAGUUCGAUAACAUCCUCUUCGCAGUACUCACUGUGUUCCAGUGCAUCACCAUGGAGGGCUGGACCGCUGUGCUGUACAACACUAAUGACGCAUUGGGACCCACGUGGAAUUGGAUUUAUUUCAUUCCGCUCAUCAUUAUCGGUUCUUUCUUCGUGCUCAACCUGGUGCUGGGAGUGCUCUCCGGCGAGUUCGCCAAAGAGAGGGAGCGGGUGGAGAACCGGCGCGCCUUCAUGAAGCUCAGACGGCAGCAGCAGGUGGAGAGGGAGCUGAACGGCUACCGCGCGUGGAUCGACCGAGCGGAGGAGGUGAUGUUGGCUGAGGAGAAUAAGAACUCGGGCAGGUCUGCACUGGAGGUGCUGAAAAGAGCCACAAGCAAGAAGAACGCGAGACGUCGAGGAGAGGAUAAAUAUUCCGAAAUCUCAACAGCUGCCGCGCCGCGUCCGCACAUACGCAGCGCCCGCCGCGGCCCUGCCGCCUACCUGCGGCGCAAGGAGCGCAUGCUGCGCUUCUCCAUCCGCCGCAUGGUGAAGACAGACAGCUUCUACUGGAUCGUGCUCAGCCUCGUGGGCCUCAACACCGUGUGUGUGGCCAUCGUCCACCACGAUCAGCCCGACUGGCUCACCAUCAUGCAGUACUAUGCAGAGUUUGUGUUCCUGGGCCUGUUCCUCGCCGAGAUGUUCCUGAAGAUGUACGGCCUGGGAUUCCGCCUCUACUUCCACUCCUCCUUCAACCGCUUCGACUGUGGGGUGAUUGUUGGCAGUAUUUUUGAAGUGGUUUGGGGAUUCUUUAGGCCUGGAAUGUCCUUUGGUAUCAGUGUCCUUAGAGCUCUCCGACUCUUACGGAUUUUUAAGAUAACCAGAUACUGGGCAUCCUUGCGGAACUUGGUCGUGUCGCUUAUGAGCUCCAUGAAGUCCAUCAUCAGCCUGCUCUUCCUGCUCUUCCUCUUCAUCGUCGUGUUUGCUCUGCUGGGAAUGCAACUGUUUGGUGGCAGGUUCAUCUUUAAAGACUACACUCCUGCAAACUUUGACACGUUUCCAGCGGCAAUAAUGACAGUCUUUCAGAUUCUGACAGGCGAAGACUGGAAUGAGGUGAUGUACAAUGGGAUCCGUUCCCAGGGAGGCGUGCAGUAUGGCAUGUGGUCCUCUAUUUACUUCAUCGUGCUGACGCUCUUUGGAAACUACACUCUGCUGAAUGUCUUCUUGGCCAUCGCUGUGGACAAUCUCGCCAAUGCACAAGAGCUGACAAAGGAUGAAGAGGAGGAAGAGGAGUUUUUUAAUCAGCGUUACAAGGGUCGGGAGUUUGGCCUCUCAGAAAGGAGGCGCCGACCGUACCUGUACAGGAAACGAGCCAUCCACAGGGGCCGGCCGAGCCCUGCCGAGGUAGAGGAGGAGGUGGCAGUGAGCAAGGCAUGCGAGGAGCCUCCCGCCAGCGCCUUCCCCAACCGCCGCGAGCGCAAGAACAAGAUGAAGAUGUCCGUGUGGGAGCAGCGGGCCAACCAGCUGCGCAGGAGGCGACAGAUGGCCAGCCGCGAGGUCCUCUUCGGCAGCCCCACUGAGGACCCACUGGACACACCCGUGAGCGGGCACCACCAGCCACACGAGGGCACCUCCAUGUCCCCGGAGACGAGCCCGGCGCACCUGCCGGAGUCGCCCAUGUCCGUGGUCAUGCCGCUUCCCGAGCCGCCCAUGUCCAUGACUGUCCCCGAACCACCGGAGUCCGAGCCUCCGGACCUCCCAGGGUCGGGAGGGGAGGAGAGGUCUACGGCUGCUCCCCACCGCACCAACACGGAGAGGAGGCACCGGGUGGCGCGGAAGUUUCGGGCGGCCGCUGCUGUGGGGGUGGUGCAGGGGGGGCGUCACCGAAGGCACAGACACAGGGAGUCCAGACCUGAGUCCAGGAACGCUGACGCGGCUCAGACGUGCGAUGAGCCGUUUCCGGAUGGAGGGGACGACCCGGACACCUCGCAGUCCAGAAAAGGCAUGCAAACGGAUGAGAGCGAACAGAUCAAGUCCCACCAGCAGUCAGAGCUCGAGGACGACCAGAGGGAUGGAGCCUGCGAUUCGGAGGGGGGCGUAGCGGCCCCCGAGCAGCACUCCCACGCCGGGCUGGCCGAGGAGGGAGACACCCCGUCGCAUCCACAGCACCUGACAGACAACGCUCAAGAGCUCCGUUACCUCUCAGGGGAAGCCAUUGACCACGAGGACAAUGCCAGCUAUUUGAACCGGGGGGAAGGGAUUACGGAGACUGGCAUCACGCGAGAGAUGUCAGCGCAGCCUCUGUUGGAGCUGACGCCGAUGACUGUCAGUUUCAAGGACAUGGAAGCUGGCCACUCCGAAAAGGCCGAGAGGGACGACGACGACGAUGACGACGACGACGACGAUGACGAAAUGGACGAAGACGAACGCACCAAAGCUGCCAAAGCCACUCCACCAGGCAGCAUGUUCAUUUUCAAAAGCAAAAAUCCGAUUCGAAGAAUAUGCCAUUAUGUGGUGACCCUGCGCUACUUUGAGAUGACCAUCCUCCUUGUCAUCGUUGCCAGCAGCAUCGCGCUGGCCGCUGAGGACCCCGUGUGCACCAACUCUGAGCGCAACCGGGUUCUCCGUUACUUUGAUUAUGUUUUCACGGGCGUCUUUACAUUUGAAAUGAUCAUAAAGAUGAUUGACCAGGGCCUAAUCCUUCAUGACGGCUCAUACUUUCGGGACUUGUGGAACAUUCUGGACUUCAUCGUGGUGGUUGGCGCUCUCAUUGCUUUUGCUCUCACGAAUGUUAUGGGAAACAACAAAGGCAGAGACAUCAAAACAAUUAAGUCACUCCGGGUUCUGAGAGUACUCCGUCCCUUGAAGACCAUAAAACGGCUCCCAAAACUGAAGGCCGUGUUCGACUGCGUGGUGACCUCCCUGAAGAAUGUGUUCAACAUCCUCAUCGUCUACAAGCUGUUCAUGUUCAUCUUUGCGGUCAUCGCUGUGCAGCUGUUCAAAGGGAGGUUCUUCUACUGCACAGACGGCUCCAUGGCCACUCAGAGAGAAUGCCAGGGCUAUUACAUCGAUUAUGCGCGGGACAGGAAGGAGGUGAAAAACAGAGAGUGGAAGAGACACGAGUUCCACUACGACAACGUCAUGUGGGCUCUGCUCACGCUCUUCACCGUGUCUACGGGGGAGGGCUGGCCGCAGGUUCUCCAGCACUCAGUAGACGUGACGGAAGAAGACCACGGUCCAAGCAGAGGCAAUCGCAUGGAGAUGUCCAUCUUCUACGUCGUGUACUUCGUGGUCUUCCCGUUCUUCUUCGUGAACAUAUUCGUUGCCCUCAUCAUCAUCACAUUUCAGGAGCAAGGAGAUAAAAUGAUGGAGGAGAGUAGCUUGGAGAAGAACGAGAGAGCCUGCAUUGAUUUUGCUAUUAGCGCAAAGCCCUUCACGCGGUACAUGCCCCAGAACAGACAGACCCUCCAGUACCGCCUGUGGCACUUUGUGGUUUCUCCUUCGUUUGAGUACACAGUUCUGGUCAUGAUUGCCCUCAACACCGUGGUUCUCAUGAUGAAGUACCAUUCUGCCCCCACGGCCUACGACACAGUGCUGAAGCACCUCAACACAGCUUUCACUGUGCUUUUCUCCUUGGAGUGCAUCCUGAAGAUCAUGGCCUUUGGCUUCAUGAAUUAUUUUCGAGACACUUGGAACAUUUUCGACUUUAUCACUGUACUAGGCAGCAUUACUGAGAUCAUCGUAGAUUUACAGUCUUUGAAUGCCUUUAACAUGAGCUUCCUAAAGUUGUUCCGAGCAGCCAGGCUCAUUAAACUCCUGAGGCAAGGUUACACGAUCCGGAUCCUUCUCUGGACCUUUGUGCAGUCCUUUAAGGCUCUGCCCUACGUGUGUCUGCUCAUAGCCAUGCUCUUCUUCAUCUACGCCAUCAUCGGCAUGCAGGUGUUUGGGAAUAUCAAACUCAACGAUGAGAGCCACAUAAACCAACACAACAACUUCAAGACCUUCUUUGGCGCCCUGAUGCUGCUUUUCAGGAGUGCGACGGGCGAGUCCUGGCAGGAGAUCAUGCUGUCGUGCCUGGCAGGGCAGGCGUGUGAGCCGGACCCUUCUAUGGCGCCUCCUUCCAUCUCGCCGGACCACGAGGGCGGUUGUGGCACCGACUUUGCUUAUUUCUACUUCGUCUCGUUCAUCUUCUUCAGCUCUUUUCUGAUGCUAAAUCUCUUUGUAGCUGUGAUCAUGGACAAUUUUGAAUAUCUGACACGGGAUUCCUCCAUCCUUGGACCACACCAUCUGGAUGAGUUUGUUCGGAUCUGGGGGGAGUAUGAUCGAGCUGCCUGUGGGCGUAUCCACUACAACGCCAUGUACGAGAUGCUCACGCACAUGUCUCCCCCUCUUGGACUUGGGAAGAAAUGCCCAGCCAAAAUCGCCUACAAGAGGCUGGUGCUGAUGAACAUGCCAGUGGACGAGGACAUGACGGUCCACUUCACCUCCACGCUGAUGUCGCUCAUCCGCACGGCCCUGGAGAUCAAGAUCGCCCGAGGAGGAGAAGAUCGGCUCCAGCUGGACACCGAACUACAGAAGGAGAUCAGCGUGAUCUGGCCCCACCUCUCCCAGAAGAUCUUGGACCUGCUGGUGCCCAUCAAUAAAGACACAGACAUGACCGUUGGUAAAAUCUAUGCCUCUAUGAUGAUAAUGGAUUACUUCAAACAGAGCAAAGCCAAGAAAUUGAGACAGCAAGCUGAGAAACAGUCAAGCAGUCCUGCCCUUCCUCUGCUCACUCACAGUGCAGGCUCAGCCUUGACUAGCGGUGGUUUUGUGGCCCUGAGCCCCAUAUCACCACAGGAGCUUCUAAUGCAACCCUCAGCACAACACUGUGAAGACAAGGAGGAUUACCAGGUGUCCUUGGUAAGAAGCCCUUCACCACGCCAUCAAAAGAGGGAUGAGCAGGAAAUGAAUGGGCUGUGGGAAGAGGAGACGCCACCAGAGCGCUUGUACCGACCAAGACACAAGAGCUACAAAGCUGCAGUGUCCCAUUCAGUGCAACCCCAUCAGAUAGAAAGGGAGCGAGGCCGGACCAAGGAACAGCGCCACCUGCUGUCCCCAAGCAACUCUCGCUUUAACUCCAAUGAGAGAAGCUCAAAGUCUUGCUCUAGGUCUCCCAGUGAGGAAAGAAGGCAAGGCUGCCCGCGGCAGGGCAACAGCUCAGACAGCCCCGUUCCGUCCACCUCUGAGUCGAGCACGCCAAGCGGCAGGCGGCGGCUGUCCCAGACGCCCACGAGCUCACACCCGCACAUCUCCUACUCGCCCCUGGUGAGCCACGCUCAGCCUUCCUCGCAGGCCGACGACGAGGACGAGGAGCAGCACGGCCCGCCUGUCCUGGCGUGCUGCAGCAAUACUUUAUGGGACGCGAAUGCGGAGGAGGAGGAGGAGGAGGAGGAGGAAGUGCGAGCGGAGGAGGACGAGAGCGCGGGCCUGGAGCCGGGCGAUUACCUGGGCGCGGGCGCCCGCCGCUACCCCUCGGAGCCCUACCUCGCCUUGCAGGAGGAAGAGCACAGCCCCGAGUGCUCCGGCCCCAUGGAGACACUGACAUUCGAGGCGGCGGUGGCCACCAGCCUUGGCCGUGCCAACACCAUCACCGCCUCGGUGCGCACGCGAUCCCGGCUGGGCUGGCAGGUCCCCAACGGACACUUUCGCAAACGCCUCGCCCAGAGCGUCUCGGUCGCCGGCUGUGAACCUCUCAGUGACACAGAGGACGACAAGUUCUAGGCACCGUAUGUCAGAGACAGCAGGAAGGACCCCAGAGGGCAAUGGAGGGUUUUGAGGAUGACACUGGAAUGCCUGGGAGGGCAGGACCAGCAACUUUGGGCUGUGUUGUUGAAUCCGCUGUAUGUACGAGUCCGGUAUGUCCAGUUGCCAUGGAGGAACACUGGGAUUUUAACCUUUUUAAACAUUUAAGCAGUUGUAUCGUCUUGUUUCUAACGAACGUGUAAGGUUAAGGGGGGAGGCCUGUACAUUUGGAAACCAGGUGUAAACCAGACUAAAGAGAUGCAUCACCCAUGGAGGUAUUCAGCCAAGAGUGUCUCUGUCUUAAACUGAGACUUACUGAUGAAUUUCAUGUUGUUUUGCACAGUUUAAAAUGAAAUAGGCUAUAUGUUGCUGAAUUUGAAGGUAAGGAAGUGAAAUUUAAUUCCAUGAAUUCAAUUCUGUUGCCAUAUUAAUUUUACCUACCGACAUUUACUUUGUUAUUCACACACACGCACAAAACGUGCAAAACAUAAUUUUAUUCAACAUUAAACCUUGCAAUGAGAUUUUUUUUUGAGCUCAAACGUUAGCUCAAGGAUCAGAGCAUGAAUACAUUUGCAGUGUUGGAUUAAUUUCAAUUUCUAAACAUUUGUACAAACUAAGAAAUAAAAGAAAGCAACUCACGGUGGACAAGAUCGGUGGUAUUUCUUCCAAUGGUCUGUACAGACCUCUUCUAAAACUGCUGCUUCUUAGAGCUCUAUUUUUGCAAACCCUUUCAGUGGAACACAUGUAAGGGCUGUGGAGCCUCUUGUGUACUUUGGUUUUCCACUCCCUUUCUUAUCAAGGAGGACCUGAAAUGGAAUCACUUGUAAGCAAAUCAUGUGAUCAGCUUCUGUUUAACUGAUGCUGAUUAAAGUUUUACAGAGUGGUGUUUAUAAUGGAGCAUUUAGUCCGCAGUAUCAUUUGGGAUUUUCGUUAAAACUUGCUCAGAUAUAAAUAACGAGCGAAUUUUAUAGUAAUGAAUAUGAAAUUGGUAAGACAUGUACAUUCCCACCGAGGCGUCAUCAUCAUCAAACGAGGUCCUUGAACUCUGCAUUAGUCAGCGUUACACUGGUGAUGAUGUCCUUUCCUGGUGUGCUUCAAGAAGCCAUUACUUGCAGGCUGCAAGCAAUAAAUAAAUGUAUGAAUUGCAGAUUGUUAUAUAAAGGUUAAAUUGUCAGCAUGA